ACACCAACGCAAAUUUUAUUUCCAAAGUAUGUGACUGAAGAGCAAGAGGCCUACGUGCGUGGUUUUUCUCAAGCCCUCGAGGAAUUAUAUCAAAAGCAGGGCGUUCCCCUUCUACCCCCUAUGGCAGAGCCCGACGCUAACGAUAACUUAAUACAACUUCCUACUUGUGCUGGUGGUGUUGGUGGUGGUUGGGGUUAUCAGAAGUUAACUUAUAAUGAAACGAAGCCGACUGAUUAUGUGCCCUCAGAAAAACUAAGAAUGGACCGGAAAAGGGCGAAAAACAGGGUAGCAGCCCACAAAUGCCAGCAGAGGAAAGUUCAGCGAAUCCAAGACCUCGAGAGUAAGGUGUCGAAAUUGAAGGAAAGAAACCAGAUUCUGACCGAACAUGCAUCUAAUUUGAGAGUCGACAUUGAGAACUUGAAACAUACGAUUAGCUUGCACCGUAGUAGCGGCUGUACGCUGAUGCUGUCU